ACGAUAUGCGUCGUCGCAACCAAUAGUAUAUUUGUUUUGAUUACUUAAUUUGUUUUUUAUUAAUUAAUCACAUUUCUUAUGGCUAUGUCGUACACAGAUAUUGAAAAAACAGAAAUGUUGAUUUCUGAAAUCCAAAAACACACUGUUUUGUGGAAUAAAAAAAAUAAGAAAUAUAGAGAUAGGCUCAUAACAGGCAAGGCAUGGGCAGAAGUGUCAAAAGUCACAGGAAUAACUGGCAAUGAAGCAAAAAAAAGGUGGAGAAACUUAAGAGAUCAGUUCAAAAAAGAACUUAAAAAAGUAAAAAAACCGAAAUCAGGAUCGUCACAAGAUGGCCUAGAAAAAUAUCACGGGAAAUGGUCGUAUUUUGUGUCUAUGCAAUUUUUGAAAGAAGUCGAGACUCCUAGAAAUACGUCGGGUACAUUUUCCGAUGAUUGUGACGAGGAUACUGAGUUAGGACAUUUAGACGAACAAAAAUCAGAUUCAAACGAAGAUCAAGAAAAUGAGGACGAUCUCGACAAGGAAAUGACACAUAGUUUUGAAGUUAUGGAUCCAUUAUUACCUCAAACUGAAGCACAGACUAACUUCACACAAUCUGGAAGAAAUUCGCCUAUUUCUGAGUUAAACAUCUCAACAAUUAAAUCGAGUGGACAAAAAAAAAUGAAAAAACAACAGGAUGAAAUGUGUUUUGAACAACAAUUACUACAACUUGAAAAAACAAAAAUUGAAGCUUUUAUAGACUCAUCAAAGAAUGCAGUAAAAGAUGACGAGCACAUGUAUUUUUUAAAAUCCAUUCAUCCUUAUUUCGGUAACAUGACUCCACUACAAAAAUUGAGAGUAAGGAUACAAAUCCAAGAAGUGAUUAUGAGAGAAUUAUCUACACCAUCAUCUCAACCUAUGAAUAACAAUUUAACUUAUCCUUAUCAAACAUUUCCAAUACAUGUGCAACCUAUACAAUAAUCACAACCUAUGCCAUUCCAACCUAUUAAUCAUCCUAUGCAGUCUUUAGCGACAGAACAGACUUUAUCAUUACAAUCAGAUCAUCCACCAAAUUAUAAUUAAUUAGUUUUUAAUAAUAUGGUAAUAUUAUUAAUAUGUUUUAAAUACUUUUUAUUUACAUACCUAAAUUAUUACUUAAUGUUCAUGAGUUUCACAAACAGUAUUAUUCUUUUUUUUUAUAUUAUUUAUUAGAUACCUACCUACAGUAAUAAUUAUUUUUGAUUUUUAAAUACAUAGGUGAGCUACCUAUAUCUGUCGAGGUAUUAAACUAUUUAAAGUAACAUAUUUUUUAUUUUAUAUUAUCAAAUGAUAUUAUAUUUAAUAACUACCAAGGUAGGUAGAUUUUUUAUUUUGACUUUUAUAAAAGCAGAUUAUUAAUAUGAUUUUAAUGUUUUCAAUAAAAUAACCAUU